CGCGGAAUUCGUGGGAGUGGCGCAAACACCUGGCCUCACCUCACCGCUCUCUCCUCCCACUGCUCGCGCGAUCGGCUGCGUUUCCGCAGGCCGAUGGAUGAAAACGCCCAGAAUCCCUCCCACACCUCCAUCGGCCUUCAAGUGCCGGCGCAGCCGCCGUGCCUGCUGUGUCUUGUCGGGAUCGGAGAAGCGGCGGCGCGUUCGGGUCAUUCUGCAGCGGCGGCGGCGGCACCCGGAGCCCGGCGGGACGGCGGCGGAGCUCGGAGGCGGCUCCAGCCCAGGGUGCCAUCAGCGUGUCUGUAAAGCUGUUCCCGAGGCCGAGCUCCUAAAGGCUUUGCCAACACUCGUGAUGUGUCCGAAGGAAGAUGCUAUUUGUUCCAGCCAGAGAGACUCUGGCUGUGAGCUAAACGAGAGUGAAUUCUGCUCCAUUCUUGGGGUUGGGAAUGAGCCCCUGAAGACAGGAUCUGCAACCAGCAAUGAACACAAAAGGAACCUCCGAAGAUUCCUGGGUGAACUGUUCAGGUGCCAUCCUGUGGGCACGGCGGUGCUGAUUCUGCUGCUCCUGGUGCUGGUGCUGGCUUUGGGGGCAGCCGUGGCUGUGCAGUCAGCACUACAGGUUCCAGUCACACCUGCAACCCCACAGUGUGUUCUGGGCUGUCCCCAUGGCUGGGUCGGGUCCAAUGGGGUCUGCUACUACUUCUCACGGGAAUACAGCACGUGGGAGCAGGGUCAGGAACGGUGCUCCGAGCUCAAUGCCUCCCUGGCCAUUGCCAAGGAUGAGGAGGCCAUGGAUUUGCUCUUCCGUCUCCGCGGGAACGGCGAUUUCUGGCUCGGGCUGCGCAGACGGGGCGAGCGCCUGCACUGGGGGGACGGCAGCAGCUACAGCUCCCGGUUUCCUGUCCUCGGCAAUUCCCAGUGUGUGUACCUGGCUGACGGGAAAAGAUUCAGGAGUGAGUUCUGCUCCAAUGAGCGGCCGUAUGUCUGCAGCAAGGCCCAAGCUCCCCUGUAACAGGGGCUGCACAAAGGACCUUCUCCACGCUGGGCAGUGCCAGCUUCACCUCUGAGCCCAGCACAGCGCUGUCCUUCCUCAGCUGCACCCUGUGCCUUGCACUUCCUCUCAGGGGCACCUCAGUGCCUCUUCAUCCCCAGUGCCAACGCUGGGCUGGGGCUGCAAAGGAAAAGUCUCUGCAAUCCAUCCUGACACCGAUGCUGCCUGCAGUGAGUGCCUUGCCCUCAUGACCCAACAAGCUCAGACAGGAAAUCCAAAUUACCCUGGGAUUUUGGAAAUUAUUACAAACUGGCCUGAAGGUGACACUGUUGCACUUUCCACGGAAGAGGAAGAAGAA